AAAAGUGUUUUUUUUUUAUGAAGGCAGUUAAAACUUUGAAAAAUAUUUUUGAAAAUCCUACCAAACAGACUCUAGAUUUCGCGGGUUGCCUGUUUUGGAUCGGAAAAAUGAGCAACAGAUUGACAACAUACAUAAACACUAACCCUAAUUUUAUCAAGGAAAACCAAAAUCGUAAAACAAUUGAUCUCGGUGAAGGAAGUGAAAUCAUUUACGUUCCUCGUUUUGUACCUUCGGACCAGUCUUGGAAAUGGUUUGAUUAUCUUGACAAAGAAAUCCCCUGGGUCAGACCUACAAUUCAAGUCUAUGGUCGUUCUUGCUCUCAGCCUAGAGACACGUGUUAUGUUGCCUCCAAAGGUUUACAGGGACUGCGGUACAGUGGGUAUACUCCUCAUGCUUAUUCUUGGGACGAAUGCCCUCCACUCAAGGACAUCUUGGCAGCAGUUCACGAAGCUCUUCCAGGAAGUAGUUUUAAUAGCUUGUUGUUGAAUAAAUAUAAGAAUGGCUCUGAUUAUGUAGCAUGGCAUGCUGAUGAUGAGAAGGUGUACGGACCAACUCCUGAAAUUGCAUCAAUAUCCUUCGGAUGCGAACGAGAUUUCCAAUUGAGGAGAAGACCAGCCAAAAACUCAUCACUAGUACAAGCAGCACAUGAGGAACCACCAAGCAAGCGAAUAAAAAAUCGCGUCAGCCAAAACAAUCAACAAUCCUUUGUGCUUAAGCAUGGAUCCUUGUUGGUCAUGAGGGGCAACACUCAGAGAGAUUGGCUCCACUCAGUGCCCAAGCGGGCAAAAGCUGAUGCCGUCAGGAUUAAUGUCACCUUCAGGCAUAUAAUCGAGGAUAAGUCUGGAUAACUUUAGAGGAGCCCCAUGCUUGUGCUGAAUAACCAUUGAAGGUUUUGUAUAGUACUCAUAUAAGAACUUUGCUAGUUUGGGUGUUGCUUCGCCUUUCCUUGCAAGGGUGCAAGCUAAAAAGCCAGAACGUGUCCUUUGUAAUUCUAUUAGCGGCCUCCAUAUACUUGUUCUCUUCCGUAGUACUGACGAAAGGUUCAUGAACAAUACCUGUUGAUAUUAGAGGAGAAAUGGGCAAGGAAAUGUAACGACUUUGUUUAUUUUUCAUGAUUACAGUCUUUAAUGAAGUGAUCUUUGAGGGGUAUUUUUCAGA